AUGCCCAAGGAGUCCACUGUAUCUGCUGCUCAAAAGGUAUCAACCUUAGGCGGCUGUAUUGCUGGAGCCAUUGCUGGCUGUGCAGCAGUGACGUUUACCAAUCCUAUAGAUCUCGUCAAGACUAGGAUGCAGUUAGAAGGUGAGCUUUCUAUGAAAAAUGUUCCCAAGGUGUAUCGUAAUCCGUUUCAGGCAUUUGGACUCAUUCUCAGGAAUGAGGGUAUCCAUGGGAUUCAAAAAGGACUUAUGGCCUCUUAUUUAUUCCAGAUCGGACUUAAUAGUUGUCGAUUAGGACUCUACGAACCAAUCAGGAAGGUUCUCAAUUCGGUUGUAUACCCCACAAAAAAUCCCGAGAAUGUUCAGAACGUGGGAAUCAACGUUCUGACGGGCAGCCUUACAGGGGUUAUUGGGUGUAUUACUAGCUCACCUUUCUAUCUUCUCAAAACUAGAAUGCAAUCAUUCUCGGAGUCGGUUCAGGUCGGUCAACAAUCGCACUACGAUUCGACUUGGCACGGCUUCAAGACGAUUUAUGCUGACGAAGGUGUUAAAGGCUUGUUUCGUGGCCUUGAUGCGGCGAUUCUUAGAACUGCAGCUGGCUCUGCAGCCCAACUUCCUGCUUAUAACUUUGCCAAGCAAGAGCUCAUCAAGUCGGGCUAUUUCGAAGAGGGUAUGGGACUUCAAUUAGCGUCUUCAGUAUUUGCUGGCCUUGGCGUAACCGUAGUAAUGAAUCCGUUUGAUGUCGUAAUGACUAGGAUGUAUAAUCAGAGAGGAAACCUUUAUUCAGGACCUGUGGAUUGUCUCAUCAAGACCGUGAAAAUGGAAGGACCAACAGCUUUAUAUAAGGGAUUUAUAGCUCAGCUUCUCAGAAACGCUCCUCAUACAAUGUUGUUGUUGUUGUUUAUGGAGCAGACAAUGAGUAUUGUGUAUAAUGUGGAACAGAGGUUUAAAUAG